GGCUAUCUUAUCGCCUCGUCGGUGAUGAAAGUAACUUUUCUAAGUUCACUAGCGACAAAUUGUCUACGAUAUCAGUGUGAUUGGAAGUGGACGCUAACACCCCUGAUCACUGCAUAGUAAUUGUUACGACAUUGACUUGUUGGGUUUCGUGGAAGACGAAGUCGACUGUUCUAAAACCAACGGGCAACAAAACAAGUGAAUAGGGCUAAUCGACAUGGAAACUAAUGAUGUUAAAACAUUCCAUCAGUGUGUUGUAUGUGAUGAGAUUUUCCAACAACUUGAUGAUUUAGAACAACACAAUAAAAUACAUGUUAAAGAAGAGAAAACUGAUGAUGUGGGUGAAAAUUGUCAUGUUCAUUUUGACGAUAAAAAACCCAAUGAUGUAGCUGAAUACUGUCAUGUUAAAGAAGAGAAAAAUGAAGAUAUUGAAACAGUUCAUCAGUGUAAUUUAUGUGAUGAAGAAUUUAAAUCAGACACUGAUUUAGAGAAACAUUGUAAAAUACAUAUUGAAGAAGAGUUGAAAGCUGGUAAUGAUAGUGAUGUAGGCCUACAAUCAGCUGACAGUCAGGGUGUAGCAAAGAAUCAUAUAUGUGAUUUUUGUGGUAAAUCAUUUGCUUAUAAUAGUAAUCUACAGAGACACAUUAGGGUUCAUACCGGAGAAAAACCCUAUAAUUGUGAUGUUUGUGAUAAAUCUUUCAGCAAGAGUAAUGAUCUGCAAAGACACACGAGAAUUCAUACAGGUGAAAGACCUUAUAAAUGUAAUGUUUGUGGUAAAUCAUUUUCACGGAGAAAUGGUCUAUACAUACACAGUAGAAUUCAUAGUGGAGAUAACCCAAUUAAAUGUGAUGUUUGUAGUAAAUCAUUUUCACAGAAUCAAAGUCUACAGGUACACAUGAGAAUUCAUACAGGUGAGAAGCCAUAUAAAUGUGAUGUUUGUAGUAAAUCAUUUUCACAGAAAAACGCUCUACAGCAACACAUGAGAAUUCAUACUGGCGAAAAGCCUUAUAUAUGUGAUAUUUGUAGUAAAUCAUUUAGACAUAGUUGUAGUCUACUGCAACAUGUGAGAACUAAUUGUGGAUCAUUCACAGACAAAAUUAAACUUCAGGAAUCAAUAACUGAUACUGUAGCGAGACCUUUUAAAUGUGAUGUUUGUAGUAAAUCAUUUACUCAACGAGGUAACCUAUGGAAACACAAGAAAAUUCAUAUUGGAGAGAAACCUUUUCAAUGCGGUGUUUGUAGUCGAUCAUUCGCUGAGAAUGGUACUCUACGUUUUCACAUGAGAAUUCAUACUGGUGAAAGACCUUAUAAGUGUGAUGUUUGUAGUAAAUCAUACAUCAGGAGUAGUGCUUUGCAAAUGCACGUGCGAAGUCAUACUGGUGAGAGACCUUAUAAAUGUGAUGUUUGUAGUAAAUCAUAUACUGGAAGAGAUACUCUAAAGAGACACAUGCUAAUUCAUGCAUGUAUGGGAAAACAAUGAAAUAAAGUGGGAUUUAAUGUCCUACUUUUAUGCUCCGACAGGACCAGGGUUGUAAAAACCCCUUCUAUUCAUUCAUUCUUGACAGCUCACGUAUAAACCAGUUGAAAUCAGGUUCAUUUAAAACAAAAGACUCACUUAUAGUUUAUAUUAGAUAAGUUCUGACAUAAAUAUUUGAAAGCAUACCUUUGUAUUUUUAAAUACAAGAUAAUUUUGAUUAUUUAACAUGUCAGGUAUUUCCAAAGAAUUAACUACACAUGUUCAUUACACACACGCCAUGAUGAAUGGUUCGAGUGACCCGUGUGUCGUCAACUUUGACCCUAUCGGCACACAGCAUGGCACUCGAGUGAUAAUAUAAACAAUUUUACUAUACUGUCUAUUUUAAUAUUAUAUCAGCACAUCAAACUGAUUUGUUUCAUUUUGAGACUCUUUAUAGAGUGACCAGGUAAAUAAAUACAGUAAAACAAUUAAUUUGUCAAUCAGUUGAGGCUAUCUCGUGCUUUGCAGUAAGUGCUAAUAAUAACGUAAGUAUACAAAUCUUCGAGCGGGAAUUAAAGGCCGUUAAUUUACCGUGAUAUAUUAUAAAUGAAAUGUUCUAUAUGAAGUAGUUAUAUUGUCUUUAGUGAAAGAAAACAUUGUUGUGGCUACCAUUCCUGGUUUUGAAGGUCAGAUAUAUGAAAACGAAUAUCGGUUUGUAGUUUUUUUAACUGUUUCACCAGUGCAACCGAACCGUGACCGGUUAACUGAGUAGCCUUAUACAUCCUUAAUUAUUAGGCAAUCAAGUCUACGAUCUUUAUUAAAAACGAUAGGUUGGCAGGCAACAAAACAUGCCCAAAUAUUGAAGAUUAAAUCUUGUAUCUUGUCAAACUAUGGACUAGUGGAUAUUAAUGCCGGGCUAGUGCCUGACAGUAGACUACUAGCCCUGGGCUAGUGGAUUAAAACAAUUUUUUGCGCCCCUGGACAGGGCUUAUAAAUGUGAUACAUUAUGUUAGAUUUAGAUAAAAAGCUAGCCAUUCUUGCUAUCAUAGUUCGAAAAUAGAUAAUCUAAAAUGAAUAAUUUGAAAAUUUUAUUCAAAUUGCUCUAUUGCGAGCGAAGAUACAUGUAUUAGCCUUUGAAGGUUUGACAAGGCGUGUGCAAUAAUUUCAACCACUGUACUGGUUGUUCGAAGCUAUGUCUCGCUUCUCCAUUUUUAGCUUAAAUCAAAAUACGGCUGAACUGUUCUAAUCUAUUUACUAUCAGAGUAAUCUGAUGCCGUCGAGAGUUGAUUAUGGCCUGGCUAAGUUAAUAAAUGUCUAAUUAAUAAUUUAGAUAACAUUUCAGGCCCAAAGAAAGACCUGCAAUAGGCAGAUUUAGCUCUUGCAUAAUGUAUGUAUAAUGAUAUGGAAAUAUUAUCAAUAAA